UAAAAAUAGACAACUACGCAUGCGUAGGCGUUUCUAUGGUUACUUGGACGCUGGAGAGUUUUUCUUUUUCAGCAUGCCGCCCAAGAAAGGAAAGGGACGUAAAUUGAACAAGGCUCAGAGGGCGAAGCAGCUGCAAGAGGAGGAAGAAAGAAGACUACAAGAGGAAGAGGAGGCGCGGCUACAGGCAGCGAGAGAAGAACAGGAAAGGUUGGAAAGAGAGAGAAAGGAGCAGGAGCUGAAAAGGCUUGAGUUAAAGGACAGUGCACGCAGAGCAGAUGAGCUGGAUGAACUCCGCCAUCUACUGGAGGAGAAUCAUACUGCAGUAACCAAAUGGAAAACUGAUGCUGUGGAGAAAGCCAAGUGGGAAAGGUACAUGCGAUGUGAUGGCACACCAGACCCGGCAGUACAGCAGGACAUUAACACAUAUACCAGCUUAUGGAGAGAUGACCCAGAGGUCAACAUCGCAGUUGUGCUCAAGCAAUGUAACCUCGCCCUACAGCAGGUGGAGGAGCUGGAGGGUCUGCUCAGAGACGUUACAGAUCCACAAGAGGGCCAGAAGUACCAGGAGGCUCUCAUAAAUUUGCAGGAGCUAAUCCACACUAAACACCUCCUCACCACCGAGGAGAUCCUUAAGAGGGCCAGUGCCAACAUCGACACUGAGACAGGCAACAUGCAGACUGUGGUCAGAGAUGACAACGUUACACUGUGCCUCUGGGCCAACCUCAAGAAGAAUUCAAGGUUUAAAGGUUUAACCUUUGAGGGGGUCGGCAUGGGCUUUGAGCUUCCAAAGCAGCUGGCUGUGAGCAACAUCGCUAUACGGAACUUCCACACACGCUAUGACCACCUGUCUUUGCUGGCCAGGAUGGCUCACCUGAGAAUACACACACCAAGCUGCAGGUCUCUUGCAGGCGGCGAGGAGGCUCCGGCUGACAUAGGUGUACCUGAGCAGGGGGAGAUAAAUGGAGAGGGGGAGGUGAAGGACGACAACGGCAUGCAGCAGCAAAGAGCAGACGAGGAAGGAUUUGAAGGGACCGGGAGCAAGAGUGCAGCCAGUCUACAGUCAACAAUCAGUGCCCAGCCUGCAGAGGGCCAAGGCAGCCAGAUACAGACCCAGAUAGAGGCGCUUGGUGAUGAGGGAGACUUGACUUCUCUCCCAAAGCAGCUGUCCAUGAUAGACUGUGGUGAGUCUUUCCAGGUGGUGGACUUGAUGCAGUACACGCCUCUGGGUGGGGUCUUCUACUAUGACGUGUUCCACCUACCACCACAGGCUCAUCAGGUCAAUGGCUGGGAAAUUAGACAGCUGUUGGACACAGGGCUUCAAUUUUUCCGCUACCCCACGGAACAGUCCAACUUAGAUGACAACGAGGCCCUUACCUGCCCUCCUGUUGGGGUGUCUGUGACACUUCCUGAAUCUGUUGUCUUCUUGGAGGCUCCCCAAGUGGCUCGCUGGGAUGCUGCAGUGAAGCAGUGGAGAAUGGAUGGUAUCACUGACAUCUCUUACGCGGAGGCGGAAGCAAAGAUCUCCUUCAAGAUGGACUCCUUCCAGGCCUUCGUGCUGAUGCAGGAAACAUAUGCCAACUUUCCUUUCCAAAGCUGGGAGCUCCGGCCGCUCGGCCAAGACUCAGCUCUUUUCAUCAUCAACGGAGCGCUCAUCGACCUCAGCAUCACCAUCCAGGGUAACCAGUGCAUGUUGCAGUCAGAGCAAGAGAUAGGCCUCUCUCACCUCGUAGGGAAGUGGAUGAGUGGCCCCGCCCUGCAAAGAGCCAUGCUCAAUGCAGGGAUCAACAUCUUUGUGAGCGAGUACACCGACAAAUACGUCAGCACCUGCGGCAAGGACCCACUUACAGAACACGCUGCCUACGAACAGAUGGCCCUCUUCGCCUCUGCCUGCGCUUUUUCGUGGAGCAAGUGGAAUGCCAAAUGUGGAGCUGAGCAUCUGGUCAUGCAGGUGUGUGAGCAUCAUGGCCCCACCCCUGUGCCUAAAGGCUUGUGGAGUCUCUACCUGCUGGGUGCCCAGAGGAGUCAGAAGCUGGAGAUCACAGAGAUGAGUGAGGCUUUCUCUCCAGACCAUUUUCCAGGAAACAUACCUUUGCUGAUUGUGGCCAAAAGAGAGAACUUUAUCAGUCCACUGCACUUGUUUCCAAAGUGCCUCAGGCCUCUGUAGAUGUUGUGUUGCAUACUUCUGACAUUGGAUUUUAUAAUGAGGAUACAGGUUUUUUGCUGUCAAAUGGGGGGUUUGAUUUGCCUUUCUGACCAGCAUACGAGCAGAUUUCUCCAAGAGUUUUCUUGAUCUUCCAGAUCUCAUCUUGACCUCCAUAGUUCCCCUAAACUGCCCUCUCUUAAUUACAUUUCACACUAUAACUGCAAGCAGACAGCACUUGGUAUCUUCUUGUAGCCUUUCUCUGCAUUGUGGACAUCAAUAAUUUUCAUUUUCAGAGUCUCACACAGCUGCUUAGAGUUGGUUGCUGAGUGUUUGCACAAGGUUUGAAGAGUCAGAGUAUUUGUAAAGCUUUGAAAUUGGCACCAGCUUACAUUUCCUAGUGACAAUUGUCGACAUGCCUCAGGUCCAACGAGCUGAUUAAGGUCUGAGACCUUGUAAAAAGAAUCUGAGACUUCUUUUUUUUAAUUUUUGUUCAAUUUAUGACAUAA